AUGAGAACUAAGUUGUUUCUCCUAUUCGUAUUGAUUUCCCAAGUUCACCCACAAGACAAAACAACCCUUCUCCAAAUAAAAAAAGAACUAAACAAUCCAACCAUUCUCUCCUCAUGGAAACCAAACACUGAUUGCUGCAAAACAAGUUGGUAUGGUGUCACUUGUUUUCGCUCUAACAAUCGCGUCCGUGACUUAACUAUUUCAUCCGACAACAACCUUACCUCGAAUUUUCCAAUAUCCAUCGGUAACUUACCUUAUUUAGAGUCUAUAUAUUUUGAUAAUUUACCAAAUCUCAUAGGUCAAAUCCCUAUUGACUCUAUAUCCAAGCUUCACAACCUCAAAACCCUAACAAUAACCUCAACCGGAAUGUCAGGCCCAAUACCUAACUUCCCACCCCAUAUGAAAAACCUCUUUAACCUUGAUCUCUCAUCCAAUCAUUUCUCAGGUGCACUCCCUCGUUACAUCCACAAAUUACCAAAACUCGAAAUGAUAUACUUUUACAACAACACAUUAACAGGUUCAAUCCCUUCUUCCUACGGCUACUUCAAUAACAAAAACCUACCCUCUUUACUUCUCUCUCAUAACAACCUUUCUGGCAAACUCCCACUUUCAUUAGCGAGACUUAACACCACUGUUAUUGAGUUAUCCUAUAAUAAAUUUGAAGGUGAUGCUUCCAUGCUUUUUGGCUCUAAUAAAGCGACAAGGGAGAUAUAUCUUUCACAAAACAUGUUUAAGUUUGAUCUUGGAAAAGUUGAGUUGUCUAAGACCAUGACAACGUUGGAUGUGAGCCAUAACCAAAUCUAUGGGAAGCUUCCUAUGGGAAUAGAAAAUAUAUCGUGGUUGAAUGUUAGCUAUAAUAGGUUAUGUGGCAAGAUUCCAAAGGGUGGCAAUAUGAAUAAGUUUGGUGUUAGUUCGUUUUUACAUAACAUGUGUCUAUGUGGGUAUCCUCUUCCAAGGUGCAAGUAA